GCACGCGUCGUGAGCUUCACAAGGGCAAAGAGAGGAAGAGCCGGCGUGCGUGGAUGUGAGCUGCGACGGUCAUACUCAUCUCGUCACCGACGCCGAGCGCUCAUCAAGAGGUAAUCGCAGCAGAUGCUGCAGUCCCCAUAUCCUCCUGGUCACGACAAUGGGGAUGCCCAAUAUGUGCAAAACUGUGGAUUCCGGGGAGGGCCAUCCCCGUGUGCGGAGGACGCACCCAACCAAACGCAGUCCUCGACUGGAACUGGUCGACCGAUAGCUCGGACGCUGCGCCUUGGAUUAGUGCAUGGUCAUGAUAUUUUUUCAAUGCGCGACAUUCGUCUCGCCGUGGGGUUGUGCUGGAAUUACCUUUUGCUGUCCACCAGCACUUUGCAGCCCUGCAGUCUUGUCAGGCCGUGCGUGCAAGCCGCACGGCCCAUGAUGUUUCUAACUCUUAUCAACUACAUAGCUGACAUCUGGCCUGUUCGGUACUCAGCUAGUCAGUAUACGAUGUCCACGCUCUGGCCGCCCGCAUGCGGUCGUAUUCCCAUCGCUGCAUCCAACGUUGUCCGAUCGACGAUGCGUACGUACAUACAUUUUGGACGCCUCGUGCAUGCUGGUGCUAAUGCAGUCCCUACAUAGUUCCUUUGCAUCUCCGAGCCCCGGAACUCGGAAAGGCACUGCUUUUGAGGGAGUAGGAG